UCUUCUUGUUAAGUAGACACUUGCUUGCCCGACUCGAUUUCUCUCUCUUCCUCCUCUCGAAAACCCUAACCCCCUAUUUCUCUCUCCUAGGGUUUCUGCUCUAUCCAAAACGAUGGAUCAUCUAAACAUGUCCCUCGACGACAUCAUCAAGACCUCCAAGAAACCCGGAUCCGGCAACAGCCGCGGCCGCGCCCGGGCUGCCUCCGGUCCCGGACCCGCCCGCCGCUUGCCCAAUCGCGCCGGAAAUCGUGCGACGCCCUAUGGCGCCGGCGCCGCCAAGGCGCCGGAGUCCACGUGGCAGCACGACAUGUUCUCGGAUCAGGGAGCGGCCUACGCAGCCUCGGCUGGCAGAGCCUCCGCCAUCGAAACUGGAACCAAGCUCUACAUCUCUAAUCUCGACUAUGGCGUUUCCAACGAGGACAUCAAGGAGCUGUUUGUUGAGGUUGGUGACCUGAAACGUUAUGGAGUGCAUUAUGAUAGAAGUGGCAGAUCAAAGGGAACAGCAGAUGUAGUCUUUUCACGAAGACAGGAUGCUGUGGCGGCUGUUAAAAGAUACAACAAUGUAAUGCUUGAUGGGAAACCGAUGAAGAUAGAGAUCGUAGGAACAAACAUUGCAACACCUGGUGCACCUUCCGCUAUACCACCCGCUGCAAAUGGCGCUUUCAGAAAUUCAAAUGGUGGAGCUCCCCGAGGUGGACAGGGUAGAGGUGGCGCAUUUGGACGCCCUCGUGGUGGGGGUGGGGGUGGCCGUGGUCCUAGAAGGGGCCGUGGUGGACGUGGAAGAGGAGGGCGUAGUGGUGAAAAGGUUUCUGCUGAAGAUCUUGAUGCUGAGCUGGAGAAGUACCAUGCAACUGCAGAAACAAUGCAAGAGUAGACUGCAAGCAAUUCUGUUUUAUUUAGCCGUAUUACAUCUUCUGUGGCCAUUAGGUGCUUGGUGAUUUGACAGCCCUCAUCUAUGUUGUGUAUUUCUAUCAAAGUCCUACUUUCUAUUGAGAGAGAGAAACUAAGAGUAGGAAGAACUUUUAGAAUCUUGCUUAUGGAGUUUGGGCUCUUAUUAUGUUUGUUUAAACAUGGGUGUGAAAUAUGUGGGUUAAUGGACAGUGGCAGUACUUUAUCUGAACUCCCACUUUUGGACUCA